CGACACUCCAGCAACACAUACUUACACGGCGUCCAACAUGGUGACAGUUGGACUGGCUGCGCUUCCAGUAAUUUUCUGUGUGUUUAUGGUAGAUGUGUGUUUCAGUUACAACAUUGACGUUGUCCACGCACGUGUUCUCCAUGGACCCAGUAAAAGCAUGUUCGGAUACGCCAGUGCCUUCAAGAGGACGCAGUCAGGAUAUAAACUUACUGUGGGCGCCCCCAAGGACAACUCCACACGAAGAAACUCGACUGGGGCGACGCAUGAAUGUGACAUCACAGAUCCUCUCAACUGCGUCCAGACGUAUGAGAUCGAUCAGGAUGAUCGUGAUCUGGAGUCAAUAUCGGGCACCUGGUACAAUGCCGAUGAGAUGUACGGAUCAAUCAUCUUGCAGUCCAACGACACAACCACGAUGUGCGCCCCCCGGUACAAUGACUUAGCGUUUGAGACGGAGAACUAUGCAUUCCUGAUUGGACGUUGCGUCAAGGUCGACAGUGCGAAUGUUAAAUACUCGUAUCCUUUGAAAGUGUCAAAGGCACAGGGCUAUCUUCAGAAGAGACCAGGCUCUUCUAAAUACAUAUUCUGGAACGGGAUGGGAGAGAGCGGAAUGUCAGGCGAUAUGAUGGAGGACGGCUCGGUUCUAAUAGGAAUCCCUGGCUUCAAGGAAUGGAGUGGGGGAGUAGUUAUGCUGAAGCAGGACAUCUUCACACCAGUGCAGAGAUUUGAUAUUCCCUUCACAGUGCCUGAUUUCUCUUACCUUGGCUACUCGGUGGCAGCGGGGAAGUUGUGUGGACAGGGAGACCCUUGCUUUGCUGCAGGUGCCCCUCGUGCUGAGAUGGUCAAAAUAAUAAUUUACAUCACGUCAAUCAACAAGCUUUCCCUGGUUCAGAGUCUAGAAGGUAAACAGACCGGGGCUUAUUUCGGCGCCUCUCUGUGUACGGCGGAUGUAAACGGUGAUGGACACGACGACCUGUUGGUGGGGGCUCCGUUCUUCACUGACGACAACGACGGCAGUGAUCAAAGCAAGAAGAUCUACAUGGACGAAGGGCGUGUGUUUGUCUACCUGAACCUCGUCAAUGCAAAUAAUCAGCGGAUCUUGACACAAAGCUCGGUGGUUCUCAAAGGGAGGAAUGAACAUGGAGCCAGAUUUGGAACUUCCAUCAGUAACCUUGGAGACAUCAACGGUGACGGUUAUAAGGAUGUGGCAGUGGGAGCCCCGUAUGAGGAUGGAGGUCAUGGGGCGAUAUACAUCUACCAUGGAGGGGAAGGGGGGCUGAACGCGGAGGUGAAGCAGAGAGUAGGAGGCCGCGACAUCAACGACACCGAGACAGUGACGUCUUUUGGAUGGAGCAUCUCCAAGCCUGCUGACGUGGACGGCAAUAAUUAUCCGGAUAUCGCUGUCGGGGCGUACCUCUCGGAUUCAGCAGUAAUUCUCAGAACGAGGCCCAUAGUUGACCUUCAUGCCAACGUCACGACUGACCCCCAGCUGAUUAUCAAGGAUAAGUCCAGUUGUCCAGCGGGGACUGACGCCGACAGAUGCUUCCUGCUGAGGAUUUGUUUCCACUACACUGGAGUCAGCCUACCGCCCAGUCUCAGGUUUGCGUACGAGCUUUCUGUGGAUACACACAAAGGAAACGGACAAAAGCGAGUUCUGCUGAACUCCACACAGGGCUACGUCGACUCCAUAUCUGAUGUAAUUACUGCGGACGACCAAACAGGGGCGUGCCGGGAGUUUCAAGCUAUCAGUGUAAAUGAUCGCGCAGAGAAGGAUCCGUUUACUGUGGUCCGGAUGGAGGCCAGUUACCAACUCCCACAACCGGCAAAUCCCAACUCCGACAUCCAGCCGGUCACCAACCAGUCACGACCCAAUAAAGUGAUCAAAGACGUGGCCUUUCAACUGGCUUGUGGUGAAGACAACCAGUGUUGGUCGGACCUCGUCCUUGACCUCUUCGCGCGCAUCAACAACGAGGACGGGGUCGUCAUUAGGCCGGAUCUGAGCAAGGCUAUAGUUAUAAAUGCGACAAAGGGCCUUGUACUGGACGUGGCCAUCAGGAACGACAUGGAAACCGCCUUCGCAACAGUGGUGUAUGUCACGUGGUCUGGGAGUGUGUCGAUGCAGACGACAGAGUCUUCUCCAGAACAACCUGUCGUCUGCGACGGAGACCCUGAGGAAAUCGGAGUAUUCCAAUAUCGUCUGAAAUGUGACGUUCUUCUCCCGGUGUAUUCCAAGGCCAAGUUCGCUUUUGCAGUGUUCUUCACAGCAGACGAAAUGAGGACAGACAUGUCCCCUCUAAAAUUUAACGUCUCAGUGCAAACCGGAAGUAACGAGACGAACGCGGAUAAUAACAAAGCCAGUCUAACUACUCGCGUCUGGAUCGAUGCCCAGACAGGGAUCAAUGGAAAGUCAGAUCCCGACCAAGUACUGGUAAGGAUGGAUGAACUGGACAAAACCAUGGUUACCAUCGGACACAAAUACGUCAUCAAGAACGCAGGCCCAAGUUUCUUGCCGCACACACGUGUCUCCGUCAGCCUUCCAUACUUCACCCCACAGAAGGAGGAGCUAGUGGAGGCGGCGGACGUCAGGCUCAUACAAGAGGACGGAACCAGCGUUGCAUGUCAGUUAUACCACGAGAGUGAAGGUAUCGGUCAAAAUACAACCACAUCGCCGAGCACGACGACGACUUCGACUGAGUCAGGGGAGAGAACUACCCUCUUUCUACCUCCCAUGCCACCGUCUAGUUUAAAACAGAAACCGCUGGCCAUAUCCAGAAACAACAUCGUACGCAUGGACUGUGCCGACUUCAAGUGUGUUAAGUACUCGUGUCCCCUUCAUCACCUCAGCCCCGGGGGUAGUGCCAUCGUCAACAUCACCGUCUGGAUCCCGGGACGCAAACUGCCAUUUUAUGACCGCGUUGACUUCCUGAGGUACUACACUGAAGCCACCGUGAAACAGCCUGAACACCCCCUACUCUACCCCUGGGGACAAGCUGUCGAGACGAAGAUAAUGACGCCCAUCUACCCCGAUAAUCCACCCGGCAAAGUCAACAUCUGGAUCAUCAUUGGCAGCGUCCUUGCCGCUAUCAUCAUCCUCAUCAUCAUCUUCAUCGUUCUCUGGAAGUGCGGAUUUUUCAAGCGGGAGAAGAAAGGCAAAAUACAGAAAUGGAAGCGAGAGAGCGGUUACUACGGGAGAAACCAGUCACGUGGUCCACGAAACAGCAAAGCUCCAGGAGAAUCCAGUAACGGCCGAGGGGAGUCCAGCGAAGUCCCCGGGGAGUCCGCCAUGGAGGAAAAGGGAGCCGAGCCGUCAUAGAGAAGACUUGAUGUUUUAAAAAGAAAUUAUAAAAAAUAAUGGAAAGCAAUUACUUUGCCUCUGUUUUUACACAUACAAAAAUAAACUUAAUCCUGGGUA